AUGGUGGAAUGCGAGUCGCCGCGCAACCUCAGGCUGCGACUUGAGGCUGCCUUGCAAGUCCUGGCAGACGGCAGGGCGCGCGCGGUUCAUGGCCAAGAAGGGCUCGCGUUGCUGCAGCGAUCGCUGAAGGACGCAGAGCAGCGCCUGGGCGUGGACUUAAGGGAGGUGCAGGAGAGCACGGUGGAGUAUGCGGCGAUGUAUGCCAAAAAUCCGGAGGUCCUUGGGGGGAUGCUCCAUCUCGUAUUUUGCCUGGAUCUGGUUCACCAGUGGGUGCAAAGCAGGGACGACCAGAUCAAGGAAAUGGAGGAGAAGCUACAGGAGGCACAGCGGAGCAUGGUCCAGUGCACAAGCCUCAUGGACCAGCUGAGCCUGGAUGUGAGAAGCUGCAGCGAAAGCCUUUCUGACAAGACCUCAGAGGGCCUCAGAAGUGCAAGGCCGGUGCUCACGAGCAAGGCUAUGGGUGGAAGCAAUCAGCAAGCAGUUGGUCGAGCUCAUGGGAAGAAUGGGAUACAUGCAAGGAAGCCUGCACUGAGUGCGGCACUUUCUGCAAGAGAGGAUGGAAUGCACCAAACGGACGGCACUAUUGCCGAUCCUGCUGGGAACAGUGGCAUGCCGUGCGUGCCUUCAGCGUUCGGGAUACUGGUUGCCCGUGCUGCACUCCUGGCGGUGUGCCCCCUGAGGCAAGAGCUGCGCGGAUUCGCCUAUUGCGAUGCCCAUUGCCACCUAGACAUUCUGCUACACAAUUUGCGGCAUGGAGGCUUUGACUGGGGCUCGAAAGAGAGACUGUGCAAGAACUGGCUGGCAGGCGAAUGCUGGUAUAAGGACUGUGACUACGCACAUGGAGAAGAGGAGCUGGUGCCUCGACAGAUGCUAGCACAGGAGCAUGUGGAGCCAUACCUCUGCGAGCUUCAACGCCGGGCUGCGAGGCGCAAUGAGCCCAUGCUGAGGUCUUUGAUUACAAACUGCUGCGAGCUCGAUGCUGUGGAAGAUACGAAGCUCAUCAUCGAAGUCGCAGAAAAACUUGGCCUCGACUCAGUGUACUGCACGAUCGGGUGCCAUCCGCAUGACUACCGAGAUUUCUCGGCAGAGGCGGAAAAGCGACUGCGUGCUGAAAUUCAGGCAUGUGGCCGUCGAGUAGUUGCAGUCGGCGAGUGUGGUCUGGAUUAUUGGAAGAACUACUACGAGUACUUGGAGCCUGUCGAACGUCAGCAGAUGUUAGACGUGUUUGCCCGGCAAAUCCGCAUGGGCAUAGACUUCAAUCUUCCUGUAGUUGUUCAUGCACGCGAUGCUGACGACGAUACCUUGCACGUCCUGAAGAAUACUUUGCCUCGCGAGCACAAAGUUUACAUUCAUGCAUUUCAAGGCACGACCGCCUUUCUGGAAGAAGUGCUGAAGAUCUUCCCCAACAGCAUCUUUGGUGUGAGCAGCAUGGUCUGGUGCAGCGAGGGGGCAGAGCGCAUCACGAGGAGCUGUCCUCUGGAUCGCAUGGUCCUUGAGACGGAUGCCCCUUACUUGGCGCCACAUCCCUCGGAUAUACCUGAGCUUGCCCACAAGAUCGGGGAGAUGAAGGGGGAGAAGACGUCCACCGUCUUGAGAAUCACCACUGAGGUUUGCCAGAGAUUCUAUGGAUUGCAAACGCCGUGGAGCAUCCGAAGAUACGAAGGUGCAUGA